AUGGCACCUUGGACGCGUCUGGCAUUCGUGCCUCUUCUCGCCCAAGCCAUAGCCGCUACUCCAGUCCCAGACGCAUCUCCCAACGAUGCAGUACAACUAGACCAGCGCGACUCCGUCCCAGAAGGCUAUGAAUCGCCGCCAUACUAUCCCACGCCCAAGGGCGGUUGGGCCUCCGACUGGUCCUCAGCCUACGCAAAAGCACAGCAGGUAGUCGGUAACAUGACUCUCGCCGAGAAGGUGAAUUUGACCACCGGUACGGGCUUCUACAUGGGACCCUGCGUCGGACAAACCGGCAGCGCGCCGCGAUUCGGUAUCCCGAAUCUUUGUUUACAGGACUCGCCCUUGGGAAUACGGAAUUCAGAUCAUAAUACCGCCUUCCCGCCUGGUAUUACGGUGGGCGCAACUUUCAAUAAGGAUUUGAUGUAUGAGAGAGGAGUUGGGAUUGGCGAGGAGGCUCGUGGUAAAGGUGUUAAUAUUCAACUCGGUCCUGCUGUUGGUCCACUUGGGCGCAAGCCUCGCGGAGGUCGGAAUUGGGAAGGUUUUGGGGCGGAUCCGUCUUUGCAGGCUAUUGGGGGUGCGCUUACUAUCAAGGGUAUGCAGAGUACUGGUGCUAUCGCGACGAUCAAGCACUAUAUCGGGAAUGAGCAGGAGAUGUAUCGGAUGAGCAGUGUCAUCACCAAGGGGUAUUCGUCUAAUAUUGAUGACCGCACGCUUCAUGAGCUCUAUCUUUGGCCAUUUGCUGAGGGCGUUCGUGCUGGUGUGGGUGCGUUGAUGACUGCUUAUAACGAUGUUAACGGUUCUGCCUGCAGCCAGAACAGCAAGCUCAUAAACGGCAUCUUGAAAGACGAAUUGGGCUUCCAGGGGUUUGUCAUGACUGAUUGGUUGGGACAUUACACUGGCGUAGGGUCUGCGUUAUCUGGUCUUGAUAUGUGUAUGCCUGGCGAUGGCGCCGUCCCGUUGCUUGGUGAUAGCUAUUGGGGCUCUGAGAUGUCGCGCUCUAUCCUCAACGGGAGUGUCCCUGUCGACAGACUCAAUGACAUGGUAACUCGCAUUGUGGCUACAUGGUACAAAAUGGGUCAGGAUAAAGAUUAUCCUCUGCCUAACUUCUCCACCAAUACUGAGGACAAAAAUGGCCCUUUAUACCCCGGGGCUCUCUUCUCUCCUUCCGGAGUCGUGAAUCAAUACGUCAAUGUUCAAGGAACCCAUAAUAUAACCGCACGCGCCGUCGCUCGUGAGGCAAUCACUCUGCUGAAGAAUGAAGGCGACAUACUUCCGCUUCAAAAGAACGCGUCUUUGAAGGUCUUUGGGACGGACGCAGGUAGUAACUCCGAUGGUCUGAAUUCCUGCACUGACAUGGGCUGUGACAAGGGUGUUCUCACCAUGGGCUGGGGCAGCGGCACUGCCAGGUUGCCCUAUCUCAUCACCCCACAACAAGGUAUCGCAAAUGUGACCCAAAAUGCCAAGUUCUACAUCACAGACUCCUUCCCGUCCGAUGUGACUGUCUCUGCAAGUGACAUCGCAGUUGUCUUCAUCAAUGCCGACUCGGGUGAAAACUACAUUACCGUCGAGGGCAAUCCUGGUGACCGUACCGAGGCUGGUCUGUAUGCCUGGCACAAUGGGGAUGACCUCGUCAAGGCUGCAGCAGCGAAGUUCUCCCAAGUCGUCGUGGUAGUCCACACCGUUGGUCCUAUUAUUAUGGAGAAAUGGAUCGAUCUGGAAUCAGUCAAAGCCGUGCUUGUCGCCCACCUUCCAGGCCAAGAAGCCGGCAAUUCCCUCGCCGAUGUCCUCUUCGGUGACUACAGUCCCAGCGGCCACAUGCCAUACACCAUUCCCCGCGCCGAAUCCAAUUAUCCAGAUAGCGUGAGCAUUAUCAAUCAGCCAUUUGGUCAAAUCCAGGAUACCUACACCGAGGGCUUGUACGUGGAUUACCGGCAUUUCAUAAACGCCAACAUCACGCCCCGUUAUCCAUUUGGUCACGGCCUGUCUUACACCACGUUCAACUUCUCAAACCCCUCCAUUUCGGUAGUAACUGCGCUCAAUACAGCCUACCCUCCCACCGCACCAUCACGAGGACCAACACCAGUCUACAACGACUCCAUCCCCGCCGCAUCCGAGGUGUCAUGGUCCUCGACACGCUUCACCCGAAUCUGGCGCUACUUGUAUCCGUACCUCGACAACCCCGGUUCAAUAACCGUAUCGGAUGACUACCCUUAUCCGGUUGGUUAUAGUACGACCCCGCAUCCGGUGCCACGUGCGGGUGGUGGCCAGGGUGGAAACCCCGCUCUCUUUGACGUUGCAUUCUCCGUACGCGUCGAUGUGAAGAACACGGGGUCUAGGUCGGGCAAGGCUGUUGCACAGCUUUAUGUGGAAUUGCCGUUUAUCCUGGGUCUUGAUACGCCACAGUUGCAAUUGAGACAGUUUGAGAAGACGGGGACGCUUGGUCCUGGUGAGUCUGAGACAUUGACGUUGGAGAUUACGAGGAAGGAUGUUAGUGUUUGGGAUGUUGAGGUCCAGGACUGGAAAGCGCCUGUUAACGGGGAAGGUAUCAAGCUUUGGAUUGGGAAUAGUGUUGCUGAUACUCCGGUUCUCUGUGUUGUUGGUGGUGGAUGUUCCUUGCAUUGA